UAAUGACAUUGACAAAUUAGCCAUUUUUAGUAUAAAACUAGCACUGCUAAGCGUAACAAACUAUCCCUUCCCUCGUGAAGCCAAACCCAAACCCAAAGCCUUCACCUUUUGCUUCUUUCUUUCUGUUUCUUUUCAAGAUUUACUUGGCACACAGAGCUAACAAAAAUAAAAAAAAAUAAAAAAAUGAAGCUUUUCGGCUCCUGGACUGCUGCUGCUGUUCUUUGCCUUUUUGGGGCAUGGGAGGUAAAUGGUAUCUUGGAGAUCAAUGAAGAAGAGCUUUUUUACACUGAAAGUAAUGCUUCUUAUUAUAAUGAAUCUAAAGCUGUUUUUGGAAAUAAUGCUUUGUUGGUUGGCCUCACUCUCAUCAAAUCAGCUGCUGCUAAAGGAGCAGUCUGUUUGGAUGGAACAUUGCCUGGAUACCAUUGGCAUCGUGGGUAUGGUUCUGGGGCAAAUAGUUGGCUUAUUCAAUUGGAGGGAGGAGGAUGGUGUAAUACUGUCAGAGCUUGUGUUUACCGUAAAAAAACUCGGCGAGGUUCAUCUAACUACAUGGAAAAGCAGUUGGCGUUUACAGGAAUACUGAGCAAUAAACCUGAAGAAAAUCCUGAUUUUUUCAACUGGAACAGAGUAAAACUCCGUUACUGUGAUGGUGCCUCUUUUACUGGGAACAGUGAACAUAAGGCUGCACAGCUUCAAUUUAGAGGACAACGUAUAUGGUCAGCUGCAAUGGAAGAUUUAAUGUCCAGUGGAAUGCGCUAUGCCAAUCAGGCUCUUCUUUCUGGCUGCUCUGCUGGGGGUCUAGCUUCUAUUCUACACUGUGACGAGUUUAGGGAUUUGUUUCCAAAAACAACUAGAGUGAAAUGCCUGAGUGAUGCUGGUUUAUUCCUUGAUGUAGUUGAUGUUUCUGGUGGGCGCACCUUAAGGAACGUAUAUAGUGGAGUUGUCGGCUUGCAGGGGGUGCAGAAUAACCUUCCACGUAUAUGCACCAACCACCUUGAUCCAACUUCUUGCUUCUUCCCACAAAACAUAAUCGGCAAUGUUAAAGCCCCAUUGUUCAUUCUCAAUACAGCCUAUGAUUCAUGGCAGAUCCAGUCCAGCUUAGCUCCACCAUCUGCUGAUCCCCAUGGCUACUGGAGCAAUUGCAGAAAGGACCACUCGAAAUGUUCUGCAUCUCAGCUCCAAUUUCUGCAAGGAUUUAGGAAUCAAAUGCUAAAUGCAAUAAAAGGUUUUUCAAAUUCUAGACAGAAUGGAUUGUUUAUAAAUUCAUGUUUUGCUCACUGCCAAUCAGAGAGGCAAGAUACAUGGUUUGCUGAUGAUUCUCCCGUCCUUGGAAGCAAGCCUAUUGCACUUGCUGUUGGAGAUUGGUAUUUCGAGCGUGCAGGCGAGAAGGCUAUUGAUUGUCCCUAUCCCUGUGACAACAGUUGCCACAAUCUAGUUUUUAGAUGAGUCAAAUUUAAUCAGAAGGGCCGUAUUUUUACAGUCAUCUUAUUAGAUAUAUCCUCAUUGUUACUGUAAUAGAACCAUCCGAUUCAAUGAAAUUUGGUAGAGGACAAUAACAAGGAAGGGUGUGCUGAGAAAUGUAAAUUUAUCAGCAAGCCUUUGUAUUUGAUGCAGCA